AUGUCAUCUCCAUUAAAUUCACCGUAUAGUAGAUUCAACCAAGGCUUAAUCAACAAUUCUAAACUGUCAAAUCAAUUAGUGUAUGGUGACUCUUCUUCUCGCAAUGUGUCAGUUGAUUCGAAUAUACUACGGGCAAAUAUGGGGAGUUAUUCCAAUCCCAACGAUUUUAUUACAUACAUAAUACCCGAUUUUGAUGCCGUAAGGUAUUUUCAAAAAGAUUUCCAAUCAUUAAAUGAAUUUCAUAUAUGUGAAGAAUCAGAAGCAUCUGGGUUUGAAAUAUAUCUCGUGGAGCAGUGGAUGAAUGAUCGUAAUAUCAGUUCAGUGGUAACCACUUUCACGGGUAAUGAAUCGUCAAAAAUAUCAGUAAUCAGGUUUACGAUUCUAAAAAAGCCAGCAAAAUAUUACCCUUUGAGAUUUCAAGAGUAUUUAAAUGAAUUGAUACAGAAUCACUCAAGAAUGAAAAGAAUAGAGAAAGAAAAAGCCACUUAUCAACACAGCCGAACCAACAGCAACAGUGAAAUGUUGACUCUAUCAAAGCUAUCGAGUACACUGAUCCCAAAGAGAGAAAAUGCAAAUGAUUACACUAGCGAAGUAUGUUUUGUUGCAAAUUUAACUUCGUUGCCAUCAAAUUUGAACCUUAUUCCUGUACCAGGGGGAGACUCGCGUAGAGUGAGUACAGCAUUUAUGAUUAAUUCUAACUUGAAAAAAUUGCAAUGUACCGGUAGAUCGGUUUCGAUGAUUACCAGCAAAAUAUCAGAUGCAUCCGAUGAUAAAUUUCGACAAAUGUACAAAAUACAAAGUACAAAAGUCCCAAUAGUAUUUGCGGUGAAAGAGUUGGUAAAUAUUGUUCAGACUUGCUUAUUUUAUUUUGAUUUAUUAGAUGCAAAGUAUUGUGACGGGUUGCUUUGUACAAAGACUGAAGAAGCGAUCUCAAAUUGGUGGAACUUGAUUGGGCUACCACAUUUCAGUGUCAAACCAAACCCUGCAAAUGGAAUUUUACCGUCAAGAACAGUAGCUGCCAUAAUUAGUUUGAUACUCAGUGUUAGAAUGAGAAUACAAUUAGUUGGUAGUUCUGAUGUUCCAAAAGACCCAUUUGACUUUGAAAACUUUAUGAUUGCCAUUGGACAGUUUCAAAGACAAUAUAAGUUAGAUAAAACUAGAAAGCUAGAUAUGGAAACAUUGAACAAGUUGUUUACUGUGACAAAUGCCAGAUUAUUGCCACAAAAAAACACUAAUUAUUUUUAUUCUCAAGUAUCUGCUGCGUCUGAUCUUGAUCCCCGGAAUUUUGAUAUCAUAUCGCAAUCGGGUAACCCAAAGGGGCUAAAUUCCACUCCGCAAAAGAGGAGGUAUGGAAAAGAGCUCAAAAAGUUAACUAAUGUCAUGAAAUCAUCAGUUCUGGAUCGUAUUAAUGCUGCUAGUGUUAGAGACAUAGAUGAUAUGCUGAACCCAUCAAAGGCGUCAUCCGGAAGAAUAAGGAACAAAAUUGCCAAGUUGGCAGAUACUGUUAGCCCAUUAGACGUGGAAACAUUAGAUUUGGAACUCUUGGUGAAAAAGCAUUUGCAUGGAAAAACGUUGAUUCGAUUGUUUUAUGGAACUCAAAACAGUCACACGUUUUUGUCAGUGGAAAAAUCCACUGAUAUGCCAAAUAAGGGACAUCGCCACAACUUGGCAAAUACUCAUAAUUCUCAUCUCGCAUUUCCAAAACGACGUGGGAGAACAAUGGUUGAAGGUGGGAGUACCCUGCAGUAUGAAUUUGAAAGUUUGAGAGACAGAAUAGCGCAAACUCAAGAGCUAUUAAUGGUCAAUGAUCCUUCAAGAUACUCUCGUGGGUUGAGCAGAAUGAAACUUGGGUUACAGAGCAAGAAGAACUUGUUGGCUAAUGGAGAUAAGAAUAGUAUGUUGUUAGCACCUGGUAACAAUUAUUACAAUUCGCCUAUACAAACAGCUUCUUUAGUGGAUUCGUUUUUGCAGAUUAGUAAUGACGAUGCCUCGGGUGUUGAAAGUGUAUGCUCAAACCCCAAUUCAAUUAACAGGAAGCGUAUAAACAGUAUAUCUGAUUUCAAGCAUCCUAUUGCGAGCUUUAAACAUACUUUGAAUAGACGGAACUCGUUUCCAUAUUUGGAAAACCAGCAUGAACAAAACUUGAACACUUUAGUGAUUGCAAAAAAUCAAUCAAGUAUCGACUGUGAAGAAAUUGAUUUUUUGAAACGGAAAAGAAGUGUCAGCUUUUCUUGUGUUGAGGAUGCUGUGUUGUUAGGAAAAGUGCAAAAUAUUAGUUCCAUGGCGAAGUUUUCUGAAUCAUUUCUUGAUAGUAUCAGGGUAUUAAUGAAAUAUGAAAACUUGAAGUCUUAUUACCUUGAAGGUGAGAAGAAGCAAAACCAUGUUACAAAUCUGCAAUUAAAUAAGCUGUAUCAGCUAAUGAAUUUGGAAUUAAUAAAGAUGAAGAACUUACGAAACCAAAUGGAUGCACACCAAAGCAGAAUUAUGGAAGGAGGCCUCGAAGAAGAGCUCAACUACAGUGUGAAAACAUUAAAUACCACAAUUGACCGAUUGGUUUAUGAAACAAGAAUUGUCGCCAAAAGAAUAGAUGAAUUGGAACAGGAUUUUAAACUAUACGAAAUGAAAUUGAACGAUGAAUGUAAAUCUAAACUAACAGAAAUCAUAGAUAAAGUACUUCAUCUGAAAAAAUUCAAGGAAGUGUUCACUAGCCCUGAAGAGCGAAAGCAAAUUGCCUACAAAUUGACUGGAGACGAGAAUUAUAUUGAAUUGGACGACGAAAAAGAAUCUACUAUUGGGUUUUUAAGAAUGAUAGUCAUGUUCUUUUAUGGGAUUAUUCUGUCCAUUUUCCGCUUUUUCCACUUCAAUCGAGAUAACAUGAACCUAGAGAGAAUAAGACAGGCAUGGGUUAUAUUGGAUCCCAACAGAUCAAUCAUUAAACAUGCUUAUUCGUAUAUUGGAAGAGAGCCUUCCAAAGAUAGUAUUGCUUCAGCCGAGUCUAAGUAG